UCUACUCCUAGCUUCUUUCUACCACCGCAUCUUACCAAACUCGAUCCAGCUUUCGGAAAGAAAGUGGCUACGUCUAGUUAAACCCUACGGAUACUAUUAAGGGAAUUCAAGAUUUUCCCAUCUAUCAUCAUACCUUAACUUAAGUCUACUUCAACCCCCUUCAUCCCUACGAGCCGAUUCCGCCGCUUAACUAAAAGCUGAUCGUUGACCUCUUAUAACAACCCCACCAUACCCUCAACUCUUUUUAUCUUACCCUUCCCUUCUUUACGAACCUCAUUCGUCCGUACCUUUUUCGUUCCUUAUCCAGGGCGCGCAAACUAGAUCCCUUGUCUCGGGACCGCCAAAAGAUUUAUCUUCAUUCUAUUUUCAACGUUUUGAUUUUUCUAGCUCCCAUAUCUUCGUCAGGUCACCCUUCCGCCUCUUCAUAUACCCUUGACUUUAGUCCUCGAAUUUACACCCGCCUCGUCGCUCUAUAUCCGCCUCCAAUAUUUUCCAUAGAACUCUACCUCAAUGCCUCCUCAAUUACUUCCUGCUUCGGCAGCUGCUUUUGCACCAAGAGCUUCCUCUGUCAAUGUUGUGUUAAGUUCAAAGGUUGAGCCAUGGUUAACACAAACCUUAAAGCGUAUAAAUCGCAUAAAACGCCCUCUCAACAGUGUACCCCAGCAUCAAAGAUGCUUAACAGAAACAUUAUCUUCCUCAACAGCGAUAUGGACACUUGGAUCUUUGAUGCUAUCGAAAGCUCCGGAACAAAGACGCGAAGACUCAAAUCCAUUAGUUGAGGCCAUGUUCAACUAUCAACUCAUACAUAUCGAAGCCUAUGUUGUCCAUGUGGAUAUGGUAUUAAGAAACGAGGUUGCCUAUAAACUUACUCCAGAUACGAUAGAAUCCCUGAUUGAGUUUCACAAGGAAGUGCACUGUCUGGAUAUUGCAGCGAAUACCUACAACUGGUCGGAGAAGGAUCAGCAAGUGAAGAAGAUGCACGAGGAUUUCAUUCAAGCCAUCAACAAGUUCGUCUACAGAACUCAUGUCUCUGCAUUGGAGGGACUGGAAGAGGAUGGAGCUGGUGAAUUGUUAUGCGGUAAAAGUGAUGAAGUCAAGAACAACAUCAUGGGACUUUUCCUUCCUCUACUUCCCCCACCACCAAGGGUUGUCGAUGUGGUCAGACCUCCUACUUUGUUGCCCAGUUCACCAGCUGGCAUGAAUUGGUGGUCACAACCCACAAUACCAGUAACCACCGCAGCUCACGUUGACCCAUGGAGGAUGCUUCCUUCAAGUCCAAGUACAACAUCUUCCAUGUCCUCCUCCGAUACCCAAUCUUUGUGGGCAAACGUAGGCUUGAAUGAGAUUCAAUUGCCUUCCCCCACACCAUCUUACAGCCAGCCAUUCACCACCGGCGGCCUUUUCUACAGUACACCACAAGUGAGUGCGCCAAUUCCAGCGCUCCCCUUACCAAGCAUGUUAGCACAACAGCACUGCGGUAUUGGUAUGGGAUAUGGGGGAUUCGGUGGGUUCGGAGGUGGAUGGGACCGAUACCAGGAGUAUGCCACAACGAUGUGACAACCAAGGCCUGGAACCUUGAAUAAUCCCCCUACUACUCGCCCGGGGGUUUAGGGCAGGCGACAAUAUAACACACAAUACCAUGGCUCAAAGCCUUUGUACAAGACAACAAAAUUACAUACAUACAUACAUGGCAUCGGCAAAUUUCUUUAGCGGCAUUUGAUACCUCCAAGGGCACUUAACGGCGUUUUUACAUCUUCAUCAUCUCCUCAUCAGCGAUCGAGCGAACACAUGAUAUCCUGGGAACAAAUCAUACUUAAUAAUCAUCAAGAACAACAAUCUCCUUUCCUCACAAAUACAUAAUAGGAUACCAUUUUCUUAUCAUCCAUUUUCUUUCUCGGUUUAUUUUAGCGCAGCGAGGUUUGGGUUUGCUUUACACGACGUCACAAAACCGCAAGACCGGUUUCCGAAUUUUCCUUUCUACGCAUAUGGCAGGACCUACAGGCGGGUUAUUUUGAAGCAUUUUCUGGCACAGUUCCAAGAUUUUUUUACUCAUAAAGAGAAUACCUUUAUUAAGAGGAUAACGCAGCAAUGCAGGGCUUCACGGGCGCGUCUGGAUAUAUUGGUUAUUUUUUUUUUCUUUUACGUUGAAGAUUAUCAUCUUACGUUUGUCUUUGGGGGAAGGGAAAACCGGGAUUUUCUACGUUCUUACAUUUUCGUUUUUGUUUAUGCUUUAUGAAUCAUGAAUGCUUAUCAAUUUUGCUUGGACAAAAGAUCAAGGCAUAUGAUUUAUGAGUUCACGAAAAUAGAGACUGGAAAUAUGCAGAGCUAAGAAGACCAUCUGCAGCGCAGGUUGGAAUAAAAAACAAUGGACGAGAUACCGGGUCUCUUUUCAAUGGAUUUGAGGACAAACGGCAAAUUGUUUAGAUGGUAUCAUCAGAAUGCGAUAUUUUUCAAUUCUCGCUAGUCGAGCUUGGGAUUUGAAGCGAGGAUAAGCCUGAAUCGACUUCUUCUAUCGGGAUAGAUGGACUCUUUGCGAAAUCAAACUCGAUAUCGGCUCAUUAUCUCGAAUGCAAAUCGAUCAAUACCUGCGAGUCGGGGCGAUUGAAUCUUACAUGUUGGGGUUGGGUUUUAUAUCUUGGAGGAUUUGGGUAGGGGGCUCGGAUAUUUUGUAGGGAAA